AUGGAAGGAAGAAAUCAAACUCCUGCUAAAGAAUUUAUCCUCCUGGGACUCUCAGAUGAGAGGGGGCUGCAGUCACUGCUCUUUUGGCUGUUCCUGUCCAUGUACCUCUUUACCUUCACUGGAAACCUGCUCAUUAUUCUGGCUAUUAUCACAGACUCCCACCUCCACACACCCAUGUACCUCUUCCUCACCAACCUGUCCUUUUCAGACAUGUGUUUCACCUCCACCACCAUCCCAAAGAUGCUGCUGAACAUCCAGACGCAGAGCAGAGUGAUCACCUACGCAGGCUGCCUCAGCCAGAUGUACUUUUACAUGCUUUUUGCAGAAUUAGGGAACUUACUAUUGACAGUGAUGGCCUAUGACCGGUUUGUGGCCAUCUGUCAUCGACUGCAGUACAUGGUCAUCAUGAACCCCAAGUUUUGCUGCAUCCUGCUUCUGGGAUCCUGGGUGUUGAGUGCUCUUCCAUAUCUAUUACAUGACUUAAUGGUUUUGCAACUCUCUUUUUGCACAGAGCUGGAAAUCCUGCACUUUUUCUGUGAACUGAAGCAGGUGAUCCAACUUGCUUGCUCUGAUACCUUCCUCAAUGACCUGGCCAUGUAUCUGACAAGUGGACUUCUGGGUGUUGUUCCACUCAUUGGCAUCCUCGCCUCUUACUUUAGAAUUAUAUCUUCCAUUUUGAGAAUUUCAUCAGUGAGUGGCAAGCAUAAAACAUUUUCCACAUGUGGGUCUCACCUCUCGGUGGUCUCUUCGUUCUAUGGUACAAGCCUUGGGGUGUAUCUUAGUUCUACUGCUUCCCAAAACUCUAGAGCAAAUAUAGCCUCAGUGAUGUUCACAGUGGUGACACCCAUCUUUCUCUUUGAUGUUGCCUGA